UUCUUCCAGCAGCUGCCCAGCGCUUUGAUGUGAAUCUUUGAGAGCUGGUAUCCCUAGUCAUGGAUUUCUGUACUGCUAACUGGUACCCUCUGGGGGACGUCUAUUACCGGAAAUUGAAUUUAUAUGAUAUGGGAUGGAAUAUCAGAGAAGAAUUUAAAGAUUGUCUUGUGGCAGUUGGUCCCUAUGGAGGAUCGAUAGCCUUGAUGAAAAACUAUGUGACAAAAGAUAAACCAAGCAGUUCACGUCCUGUCUUGGAAAUCUACUCAGCGUCUGGUGUUCUUUUAUCUACAAUUGCGUGGAAGAGUGGACAGGUGGUGCACCUAGGAUGGACAGUCUCGGAAGAUCUAAUCUGUAUUCAGGAAGAUGGAACUGUGUUAAUAUAUGACAUAUUUUGUGUAUUUCAACGUACUUUUACCAUGGGAAGUGAAAUUAAGCAGAACCAGGUUCUGGAAGCCAAGGUAUUUCAUUCUGAAUACAGAACUGGAAUUGCAGUAUUAACAGGAGCGUUGAAGUUUACUUUCACGUCCAAUAUUGAUGGAGUAAAACUGCGCAGGAUGCCAGAAAUCCCAAAUCCUAAAGUGGUGCCAUCUUGUUGGACUGUUCUUUUGCAGGACAGGAUGACAUUAAUUUUGUUAGCCAUAGGCAAAGAUUUGUACUUGCUGGACAGCACAGCAUGCUCUGUUAUAACUCUUCCUGGAAUGAGCCCAUUGUCUGGAGCGUAUCUUAAUUUUUCUGUCUCCUUUAAUCAUAAAUAUCUUGCAGCCUUUACAGACAGUGGAUAUAUAUGGAUGGGAAUGUCUUCACUCAAGGAAAAACUUUGGGAGUUUACUUCAGACAUUCGACAAGCACCCAAGCAAAUGGCCUGGAGCAUCAGGCCACAAAGUAAACAAAUUGCAGUUGUAGUAAUGUGGGACAAACUGCUUCUUGUGGCUGGAAAAGGCAAAGAUGGCAUACAAUUUCCAUUGGAUGAGGAAACUUUCAUGGUUCCAGAGCUUGAUGGUGUCAGACUUAUUUCUCAUUCCACACAUGAGUUUCUUCAUGAGAUACCAAAGACAACUGAAGAGAUUUUCAAGAUAGCUUCAAUGGCCCCAGGUGCACUUCUAAUGGAAGCACAAAAGGAAUAUGAGAAACGGAGCCAGAAGGCUGAUGACUAUCUGCGUGAAAUAAAGGAUCAAAACCUGCUUUCUGUAGCAGUGGCAAAGUGCAUUGAAGCAGCUGGUUAUGAGCAUACCCCAGAAAUGCAAAAAUCUUUGCUUAGAGUAAGUUCUGCUAAAACAUAUUUUGAUUACAUGUAG